CCCGAGGUAUUGCUUGCAGAGCCUUUGCCAUUCUUCAACACUCCCUCUUUUCCAUCACCGUCUAAGCUUUCACACGCACAUUCUCUCUCUCCCCGUCUCUCUCUCUCUCUCGCAGAGAGACAGACCUCCAUUCUCUCUACCAACUUUUCUCAACGCUUGGUUUUCUCCUACAGGAAGGUAACCUGUGAAUCCCAUCAUUUAGGUUUCCUCCAACGGUCAUUUUUUCUAUUUCUGGUUAUGUUUCCUUUGGUUAUAUUUGUUCUUCUUUUCUGCAACUCUCAUUGUCUAGUGAGUUCUUUGAAUGAUGAGGGCUAUGCCCUUUUGUCAUUCAAACAGUGCAUUACAGUAGACCCGGAAGGGUCUCUGAGCAACUGGAACUCUUCUGACGAGAGCCCUUGUUCAUGGAAUGGGAUUACUUGCAAAGAACAACGAGUUGUGUCUAUUAGCAUCCCAAAAAAGAAACUUUAUGGGUUUCUUCCUUCUACUCUUGGAGUACUCCCUCAGCUCCGCCAUGUAAAUUUGAGGAAUAAUAAGUUAUUUGGAAGCUUGCCUGUUGAGCUCUUUGAAGCUCAGGGGUUACAGAGUUUGGUAUUGUAUGGGAAUUCCUUAUCUGGGUCUGUGCCAAGUGAGAUUGGGAAGCUCAGGUACCUCCAAACCUUAGAUUUAUCUCAGAAUUUCUUCAAUGGGUCUUUACCCAGGUCAAUUAUUCAAUGCAAGAGACUCAAAACCCUUGAUCUCAGUCAAAAUAAUCUCACUGGUUCUCUGCCAGAAGGAUUUGGAACUGGUUUGGUUGUUCUGGAAAAACUUGAUCUUUCAUUCAAUAAAUUCAAUGGUUCCAUUCCUAGUGACUUGGGAAAUUUGUCCAGCUUGCAAGGCACCGUCGAUUUGUCUCGCAAUCAUUUCUCUGGUUCGAUCCCAGCCAGCCUUGGAAACCUUCCCGAGAAGGUUUAUAUUGAUCUUACAUAUAACAAUUUGAGUGGGCCUAUACCCCAAAAUGGUGCUCUAAUGAACAGAGGGCCAACAGCUUUUAUUGGGAAUCCCGGGCUUUGUGGCCCUCCAUUGAAGAAUCCUUGUUCUUCAGAUACACCUGGUGCGAGUCCCACUUCCUCCAUUCCAUUUUUGCCGGAUAACGUACCAGAGAAUCCUGAUGAUAGUGCUGGAAAGAGCCAGAAAGCAAGAGGGUUAAGUAAGAGCGCUGUAAUUGCGAUUGUGGUGAGUGAUGUAAUUGGUAUUUGCCUCGUGGGGUUGCUGUUCUCGUAUUGUUAUACGAGGGUUUGUGCAUGUGGUAAGGGUAAGGAAGAAAAUGGUUAUGGUUUUGAGAAGGGUGGCAAAGGAAGGAAGGAGUGUUUGUGCUUUAGGAAGGAUGAAUCAGAGACGUUAUCAGAAAAUGUUGAGCAGUAUGACCUUGUGCCAUUGGAUACACAGGUAGCUUUUGAUUUGGAUGAGCUUCUUAAGGCAUCAGCUUUUGUCUUAGGAAAGAGUGGAAUUGGAAUUGUGUACAAAGUUGUGCUUGAAGAUGGGCUUACCUUAGCUGUGAGAAGAUUAGGUGAAGGAGGUUCUCAAAGGUUUAAGGAAUUUCAGACAGAAGUAGAAGCAAUUGGAAAGCUAAGGCAUCCUAAUCUUGUAACCCUCAGAGCCUAUUACUGGUCUGUUGAUGAAAAACUGCUCAUCUAUGAUUACAUACCCAAUGGAAACCUUGCUACUGCAAUUCAUGGGAAACCUGGAAUUGUAUCAUUUACACCACUAUCAUGGUCUAUUCGGCUGAAAAUUAUGAAAGGAAUUGCAAAAGGCUUGGUGUAUCUUCAUGAGUUUAGCCCCAAAAAAUAUGUACAUGGAGACCUGAAGCCAAGCAAUAUAUUGCUUGGACAGACCAUGGAACCACACAUUUCUGAUUUUGGACUCGGGCGCCUUGCUAAUAUUGCUGGAGGGUCCCCAACCCUGCAAUCUAACCGAAUGACGGCCGAGAAACUGCAAGAUCAAAGACAACAAAAGAGUGCAACCUCAGAAGUUACUACGAUUAGUUCAAGUACUAGUAUGGGAUCUAAUUAUCAAGCCCCCGAGGCACUUAAAGUGGUCAAACCCUCCCAGAAGUGGGAUGUUUAUUCGUAUGGGGUGAUCCUACUAGAAAUGAUUACCGGAAGAUUGCCGAUAGUUCAAUUGGGUACCUCAGACAUGGAUAUUGUUCAAUGGAUUCAGCUUUGCAUUGAAGAAAAAAAGCCACUUUCAGAUGUUUUGGAUCCAUAUUUGGCUCCAGAUGCAGAUAAGGAAGAGCAGAUUAUUGCAGUUCUCAAGAUCGCAAUGGCUUGUGUUCAUAGCAGCCCGGAAAGGAGACCGGCAAUGAGGCACGUGUAUGAUGCUUUAGACAGGCUUGCCAUGUCUACUGAUUGAGAAAUCCAAUAAACUAUGAAUCUGGUCAUUGAUUAAGCUUGCCGUGUAGUUAACGGAGAUAGACAGGGUUAACUGGAUUUUCCUAAAGAUCAACUGAAAAGGAAGAAGAAGAAAGAAACCAUAUCGGAAUGGAAGUGGUGGAAGUGAGAAUGAUCAAUUUCUGUAAGAUUCGCUUUGUCAAUUGUCAUUGCAUAGGUGCUAGGUGAAGAUAGGUCUGCUAGAAGGGCAUUUCAUGGAAGGUUGUAACUUAGGUUGUAUGAGCUGGCUGUUUGGUAUAUUUCUGAAAGAAUGUGUUUUUCUUCUUCUUGGUCUUACUGCAGACCUCUUGCGUUUUCCUCUCCCAUUUUUUAAUGAGCAACUAUUGUGUCUUGUUUCUAGGUCCACAAAGUUAAUUA